CAUCCGUCCGACGAGGACGGAAAGGGACCGGCGUGAGGGAAACCUAGAUGACCCGUUCCUGGGUCGGGACCAGAGAGCCUUCCGGGCUGCGCCUUCGAUCGCCGCCCCGCCGCCUAGGGUUCCCGCGCCUGUAGAUCGGGUUUGGGGGACGAGGAAGGGGAGUGCCAAGUAAGGGAACGAUGGGGCCGAGGCGCUCCAAGCGCGUUUCGUGGGCCACCGGGGCCAAUCUCUGCAAGGUAAGGUUUUUUAUUUCGGAGGAUUCCCCUUCUCAAGCUGGAUUGAGACCGCAGGACAAUCUCCAAGCAAAAGGCUCAUGGUUAAUGCAUGCAGCUGGCCCAAGCUCAGAUGAUUCGCUGCCACCUGGCUUCGAAUCAUUGCAGCCAACAAGCUGUCUCAAAAUUGACAUAUCCCAAAUCCAUGUUAUUAGGUGGAGAUGCCCACCAAAGGUAUUGCAUAAUCCUGUUUGGCUUGUAGCUGCUGGAGAAGAAAGUGAGGAGGUUGCCUUGCAGAAUGAUAGAAUAUUUGGAGCACUUGAGGCUAUAUAUCCACGGCCGUCGAAUAUACCCCCAAACCCAUUUGUUACUCCUGAUGUGAAAGACUCCCAAUAUGAUGAUUCCCGAACCCAGUUGGUUCCGUUGCUCCCAGUUGAAGAGGAUGAUGCCUCUGACCAGUUGGAAGAACCACCUGUUGGUCUAUCAAGUAGUUACCAGCAGUCAGAUAAGUACGACUCAGCAACAUUCAGGGUCCCACAAGCCUCAGACGCUCCCUUUACCACUGCGCAGCAGCAGCAGCCGAAUGGUUCCAUCAACACCACAAGGUCUGGUGCCCCCGUUGAGCCUGACACAGUGGCUGCUGCAUCUGCUGCUUACACUGCAAUAAUUCAGAGCAACCGAAUGGGAAAUAUGAUUGACAAAGAUCUGCUCGUCGAAAUGCUAAGUGACCCUGCCCAACUUGAGAGGUUAAUGAAAGAAUAUGGCGCGCUUAAGCACGAACAGUCAACUAACAGUUCUGUUGCCCCAAUGGUGCAAGGUCCACCACCCCAGAUGACAGCUAGUGUUCCGGUCUCCUUCCCAGAUCACACCACUACUUUUCACAACAUAAACUCUACACUGCCGCCUCCACCUGUUCUGAAUCGUCUGCCUCCUCCAGCUAUUCCUUCAGCAGUUACCAUCAAUCCACCAGCAAGUUCAAGUCAAGCAAUUAGCUUUCCAACUGGCCGAACCAGCGGCUUGAACUAUUACCAGACCCUGAUCCAUCAGCAUGGAGGGGAGAGGCAGGAGCCACAGCCACUUCAACAGCAUGGAAUGCACUUUCCAAUGCAUCAUCGCACUGUCGCUUCCCAGUCUAGCGCCACUGAUAUUGUCAGCAGUGGUACUAUGCCAGCUAGGGAUACUAAGCAAAGGCCUACGAGGCCUUGUGCUUACUUCAACAGCGCCAGAGGAUGCCGCAAUGGUGCGAACUGCACCUUUCUGCACGAUGUGUCUGCCGCGAGGAAAGAACAGCCAAAGGGAUCCAAAAGAAUUAAGCUAGACAGUAGAAUAGCUGGUCGGUAUUGAGGAGGCUGCUGCCGGUUGAUUUUUUACUGUUCUUUGGUUCAAAAUCCUUUUCCUCCUUUUUCCCUUCAAAAAAUUAUUCAGUAAAUAUUGCGCCCCAGCUCCUUUGCUUUCUCUUAGCCAAUUUCUAUUUGUUUACUAGAAGAACAUGCUCUUAGCCCAUUUCUCUUUGUUGACUAAAAGAAAAUGUUUUAGAAGAAAGAAAAAAAAUCCCAUGAUUAAAUGGAGCUCUGUCGUUAUUGAACCA